AUGGCAUCUGACUUGUCGAAUGCCCCGGAAGUGGCCAGCAGCGUCACCUCGUCGCUCGCCGCGGCCUGGGAUCCGUCCGCAGCGCAGCCGCUUGCCGACGCCCUGAAUAACGCAUCGACAGAUGUAGCUACUGCCCAGGAGUCUACCGGUUGGCUUGGCUUCCUGGGGUGGCUGCUGUAUGUCGUCUUCAAUCUUGUCUCUACCGUGCUAUACUGGGCUGCCCGUUUAGCCACUAUCUCUAUCCCAAGGCUGCUUUAUGCCUUGUUUUCCACGAGCUGGACGGUGACUAUGAACGCCACCACACUCAUGUUCAUUCUGGUCGCCGUCGUUUCUGCUGCCAGUUGGGUUGUGAGAUAUCGCAUCCUGAACAUGUACUCUAGGCUACCGCCAGAGCCUCAGCGGAAAGAACCUGACAUAGAUCUUUUCCCAGAUAGUCAUGAAGAGGGCAACAAAGGAGGGCUAGUCAGCUACCUCGAUGAGUUCCUGAGCGCUAUCAAGAUUUUCGGCUACCUUGAGCGUCCUGUCUUUCACGAAUUGACGCGCAGCAUGCAAACCAGGAAACUGAUUGCUGGUGAGACGAUCAAUUUGGAAGAGGAAAAAGGAUUUUGUAUUGUCGUUGAUGGUUUGGUUGAAAUUUUUGUCAAAUCCGGUAGACAAAAGACCACCCGUGAAUCCUUGGCUGCCCACGAUCUGGACUCGUCCACAGACGAAGAAGUGGCUCCGGACCAACAGAGAUACCAGCUCCUGACAGAAGUGCGUAAUGGAGCGCCUAUGUCGUCGCUCUUUUCAAUUAUGUCACUCUUCACUGAAGACGUCCGGCUUCGACUAAACGAAGACUCUCCAUUGCGGCCAAAUGGGGCAAAUGACUACCGCAGACAUCGCUCAGUGGGCGAACCAGAAACACAAAGUUGUACGCCUGCUCCAUCUUCUAUGCCUAACACGCCUCACCUGGACGGGAAGGGGGCGCGGACCGACAAAAAGGAUGUUGCAGCGCAAAGUGAAAACCAGUCGCUCCAUGUAGGUGACCUUCACGAGUCUGGCUCCAAUAUCCCUCCUAUUUCUUUGGACCCUUCGUCUCCAACUCAGCCGCGAAGACCCAGCCUGCCGGGAAGAAUGGCAUCUCAAUCGGCACAUCCUGACAUUAUUGCUCGGGCCACUGUGGAUACAACAAUUGCCAUCAUUCCGGCGAGUGCGUUCCGUCGUCUAAUCAGCAUCUACCCGAAAGCUACCUCGCACAUUGUGCAUGUCAUUUUAUCCCGUUUUCAACGCGUUACUUUGGCUCAUGCCUUCGAUUACCUCGGAUUAACCGGCGAGGUGUUGCAAACGGAGAAGAGCAUGACCAAAUACACCGUGUAUCAACUUCCCAACGUCUUGAGAGGCGAUGCGUUGUCCAGGUUAAAGGAAAAGUUCAAACACGAACGAGCUCGCAUUGCCGGUGAAGAUGAGAGAAACGGAAUUGCCUUGCAUAAUGCAGCAGCUACCAGACGCCGCCGCUCUAGCAGCACCACGUUGCGCAGAGAAGCAAUGCUGUCCUCAAUGACCAAGCAUCGACGGCCAUCAUCAAUCUUGGGAUCCAAUUCGUCUGUGGAGGAAGCACCUCAACCUCAACAGCAUACUUCGAACCACCCUGGUGAUUUGGCGAAUAUUCACGCCAGCCGGCAUGCUGGCCGUUCUCCCAUGACACCAGGACCCAGUGUGACAGACGUGACUAGUCCGCUUGCCCACAGGUCGUUCAAUCCAUUCGACUCUCAACGGCAUGCAAGGAUUUCUAUGGACCCGAGAGAGUCCCUUGAUGAAGAUAAUUUGUUCCGAUCAUCUAUUCUCGAAUGCAUGUUCAAAUGUCUCGGCCUGGAUGGAAGUGCGUCAUCAUCAUCACGCGAACCGACAUCAGUCGAUGGCUCCCCAAGGCUGCUGUCCGCAGACCACAAACGUAGGACCUUUGGUACAAACAAUGCCUUUGGAUUCAUGGGGCCCUUCGAGACAUCUGGAGACGGCGAAACUGAGUCAAUCACAUCGAGCGGCUUAACAGUUCACACGCCACCAAGUGCGCACAUCUUGUCUCACGAGAUGAAGGACGAGGUGGAGAUUGUCUUCUUCCCUAAGGGCUCAGUACUGGUUGAACAAGGCGAACGAAAUCCCGGCCUGUACUAUGUCGUCGACGGAUUUCUCGAUAUUGGCACUUACACCACGGAACAAGGCGCACAAAGCAUUCUGCAGACAUCUGGUACUGCAUCAUUUAACAUUGACACAAAGAAUAAUGCUACUCGUCGGCCUGAUUCCAACAAGAACAAUGGGCGUACCCGUCGCAGCGUGUCACUAGUCAAACCUGGCGGCUUAGCAGGCUACAUUGGCAGCGUGUCGUCGUAUCGGUCCUUUAUUGACGUCAUUGCCAAGACGGACGUUUACGUUGGUUUCCUCCCUCGAGCGGCGCUGGAAAGAAUCGUGGAUAAAUACCCUAUUGUGCUUCUCACCAUGGCCAAGAGAUUGACUCACGUGUUACCGCGCCUCAUCCUUCACCUUGAUUUUGCUCUUGAAUGGGUGCAGGUCAAUGCUGGGCAAGUGAUUUUCCACAGAGGUGAUGAAUCAGAGGCCAUUUACAUUGUCCUCAAUGGCCGACUUCGUUUGGUAGAAGACAGAAAGGACGGCGGCAUGUCCGCACUUGCCGAGUUUGGUCAAGGCGAGAGCGUGGGCGAACUGGAGGUUCUCACUGAGACAGUCCGGCCUGGCACACUACAUGCUAUUCGCGACACUGAGCUGGUCAAAUUUCCUCGGACUCUAUUCAACAGUUUGGCGCAAGAGCAUCCCAACAUUACAAUCAAGAUAUCCAAGAUCAUUGCCUCUCGCAUGAGAGCUGCAGUAGGGGACCCUCCCAAGAAUAUUGCCAAGGAGUCCGGAUCUGGGGCCAUCAAUAACCAGAGGAAAUCUACGAUGAAUCUUCGAACGGUUGCCAUUCUCCCAGUAACAGUAGGUGUUCCAGUGGUUGACUUCGGUAAUCGCCUCAUGAAUGCUCUGGCGCAAGUUGGACCGCCCAAUGGCGCCACUUCUCUUAACCAAUCUGCCAUCUUGAACCACCUUGGCAAGCAUGCCUUCAAUAAGAUGGGUAAACUGCGUCUCACUCAAUAUCUUGCUGACCUCGAGGAGAAAUAUGGUCUCGUGGUAUACGUUGCGGACACCAGUGUAAACUCACCGUGGACGCAGACUUGUAUCACGCAAGCUGACAGCAUUCUGCUCGUCGGUCUUGCUGAUGGCUCUCCAACCACGGGUGAGUAUGAACGAUUCAUGCUUGGGAUGAAGUCGACAGCUAGGAAAAUGCUCGUACUCGUGCACAACGAGCGCUUCUCGCGGCCCGGCUUGACUCGAUCCUGGCUGCGUAACCGAGUGUGGAUCAACGGUGGUCAUUAUCAUAUUCAAAUGCCAUAUAGCGCAAACGCCAUACCCGUUCACCUUCCCCCGUCUAAGAGACUGGGACAAGCUCUCAAGGAGCGAGUACAGGUGCUUCAAGCGGAGAUUCAAAAAUACACGUCCAGAAAAGUCCACCACACGCCGUACUACUCUCCUGACGCCCCAUACAAGAGCGACUUCCAUCGCCUUGCGCGCCGCCUCUGUGGCAAGUCUAUUGGAUUGGUGCUCGGCGGCGGCGGAGCUCGAGGCAUGAGUCAAAUUGGUGUGAUUAGGGCCAUGGAAGAAGCUGGCAUCCCUAUUGACGUGAUUGGUGGCACUUCUAUUGGCGCCUUUGUUGGAGCGCUAUAUGCUCGACAUGCAGACAUUGUCCCCAUGUUUGGAUUCGCAAAGAAAUUCUUCGGCCGCAUGGCAAGUUUAUGGCGAUUCGCCCUCGACUUGACGUAUCCAUCAGCAUCGUACACAACUGGUCAUGAGUUCAAUCGAGGCAUCUUUAAGACAUUUGGCAAUACGCAGAUUGAAGAUUUCUGGCUUGAGUACUACUGCAACACGACCAACAUUAGUAAAAGCAGAGUGGAAUUCCAUACGAGUGGAUAUGCCUGGAGGUAUAUCCGAGCGUCCAUGUCGCUUGCUGGCUUGCUACCACCGCUUUGCGACGAAGGCAGCAUGCUAUUGGACGGCGGCUACGUGGACAAUUUGACAGUUUCCCACAUGAAGGCGCUGGGUGUUGAUACCAUCUUUGCUGUUGAUGUUGGAGCUCUUGAUGAUGACACGCCACAAACGUAUGGUGACUCAUUGUCGGGUAUGUGGGCUUUCUUCAACAGAUGGAACCCAUUGUCGGCACAUCCCAACCCGCCAACACUGGCCGAGAUCCAGGGUCGUUUAGCCUACGUGUCGAGUGUAGAUGCUUUGGAGCGAGCAAAGACUAUGCCAGGGUGCAUUUACAUGCGUCCGCCUGUGGAUGCUUAUGGCACCUUGGACUUUAUCAAAUUUGAUGAAGUGUACCAGAUGGGAUAUAAAUUUGGCAAAGAAUUUCUACAACGUCUGAAAGAGGAGGGAGCGUUUCCGUGGAUGGAAGAGGCGGAAGCUAAAGAAGCAAUGCGACGAACGAAGGCGCCUCGUCGAGCGAGCAUUUAG